AUGAAACAUAAACAAAUUAAUAAAAAUUCGGAAUUUUCGCAUGAAUUCCUUAGAAUAUCAACCGUAAACUUGGAAUUUCGGGAUUGUUUGAAAUAUCGCCAUAGCCUUAGUCACAAGGAUGAAAUUUCUAAAGAAAGCACUUCAAAAGAGAAAAAAGUGAGGAAAGGAAAAACAAGCUUAUGCAGACAUGACCUUAUAAAUUGUUAA